AUGGCGUGCAGCAGUCUUGUUGUGCCUAUUAUAUUAUGGGGUCGGCACCCUCCAACGCAUUGCAUCUCAGCUGUUAUGAUCACGAGUGAUCAGAGGACUAUAGUGACUGGCUGCCAUGACGGUCAGCUUAUACUCUGGGAUUUCAACGAAAAUAUGAGGAUAUCUCCUCGUAAUAUGUUAUUUGGUCAUACAUCGUCUAUUACGUGUUUAUCACGGGCCAAUGAUUCCUGGGAUAAAUCUAACGUGAUAAGUGCCGCUGAGAAUGGUGAACUUUGUUUAUGGGAUACUGAUGAUGGUAGAUGUAUAGAGCACACUAAAGUAGCAGGAACACACACAUCCAUGCAUCCGAUUCAAGUGACGAAAGGUACUGGACGUGAAUCAUGGGUAAUACUUCAUGGGUAUUAUGCUGAUGUACAUAUCUUGGAUUCAAAUAGCCUGGAAGUGUUAUUUACGCUGACAUCUAAGGUAUCACCUGAUUGGAUUAGUGCGUUGACCUUACUCAGACCUGUCAAAAGACAAGAGGAUGUUAUUAUUGCCUUGACAACGUCUGGAAUGCUCAAAGUAUGGACUCUCACUGGCUCUGAAUCUAAGGAUUCAGAACCACUUUUUGAAGAUGAAUCCAAACCACUAAGAUGUCUUAAUGCCCAGACGCUGACAUGCUGUGCAUUCACUCUAAGAACAGUUUUAAUUGUAUGCCAAAAGUAUUGGCAGUACCUGUACACCACGGCCUGUGCCUGUACACCAUGGCCAGUACCUGUACACCACAGCCUGUGCCUGUACACCAGGGCCAGUGCCUGUACACCACGGCCACGGCCAGUGCCUGUACACCAGGGCCAGUGCCUGUACACCAUGGCCACGACCACGGCCAGUGCCUGUACACCACGGCCAGUGCCUAUACACCACGGCCAGUGCAUUCACACCACACCACGGCCAGAGCAUUUACACCACAGCCUAUGCCUGUACACUAUGGUCAGUGCCUGUACACCACGGCCAGUGCCAUUACACCCUUGUCAGUGCCUAUAUACAACUGCCAAUACCUAUACACCACAGCCAGUGACUAUACACCAUAGCCAGUGCCUGUACACCACAGCCAGUAUAGGCAUACACCACAGCCAGUGCCUUUACACCACAGCCAGUGCCUAUACACCACAGCCAGUGCCUAUACACCAUAGCCAGUGCCUAUACACCACAGCCAAUGCCUAUACACCACGGCCAGUGCCUUUACACCACAGCCAGUGCCUUUACACCACAGCCAGUGCCUAUACACCACAGCCAGUGCCUUUACACCACAGCCAGUGCCUUUACACCACAGCCAGUGCCUAUACACCACAGCCAGUGCCUUUACACCACAGCCAGUGCCUUUACACCAGUCGGUGCCUUUACACCACAGCCAGUGCCUAUACACCACAGCCAGUGCCUUUACACCACAGCCAGUGCCUAUACACCACAGCCAGUGACUAUACACCACAGUCAUUGCCAAUACACUAUGAUCAGUGCCUAUACACCAUAGCCAGUGCCUUUACACCACAGCCAGUGCCUUUACACCACAGCCAGUGCCUUUACACCACAGCCAGUGCCUUUAUACCACAGCCAGUGCAUAUACACCACAGCCAGUGCCUUUACACCACAGCCAGUGCCUUUACCCCACAGCCAGUGCCUUUACACCACGGCCAGUGCCUUUACACCACGGCCAGUGCCUUUACACCACGGCCAGUGCCUUUACACCACAGCCAGUGCCUAUACACCACAGCCAGUGCCUUUACACCACGGCCAGUGCCUUUACACCACGGCCAGUGCCUAUAUACCACAGCCAGUGCCUAUACACCACGGCCAGUGCCUAUACACCACGGCCAGUGCCUAUACACCACGGCCAGUGCCUAUACACCACGGCCAGUGCCUAUACACCACGGCCAGUGCCUAUACACCAUGGUCAGUGGUUCUCCGGCUCGGAAGGUUUCGACUUCGUUUGAGUCACGGCGUAAACAAGCCACGGCCAUUGUAAUGCUGGGUGUAAUUGGUGCCGAGUUUGGUGCAGAGAUGAACCCAAGUAGGGCCGCAUCCAAUCGUCGGAGUGUCCAAGAAGCCGGGUUUGGUAUCAAAGAUUACUCUCUUGCACGCCACACAGCAAAAGCAUUGUCAUUCCUGCUGCUUCAUCCCCCGUCAUCCAAGUUACCCGCACAUACACCAAUACGACGUGCUGCCAUUGAUCUGAUUGGUAGAGGAUUUACGGUCUGGGAACCAUACAUGGAUGUGUCGGCUGCGCUACUUGGAAUGUUAGACUUGUGUUGUGACAGCGAUAAACAUUCCAAUGCCAUCAAGAGUGGUCUACCUCUAACACCGAGUGCCGACUCGUGCCGUACAGCUCACCAUGCGUUGUCGUUAAUCGCCACAGCCAGACCGUCUGUAUUCAUUACCACUAUGGCUAAAGAAGUCGCUAGGCACCAAGCACUUGCGGCUAAUGCGCAGUAUCCGACAGCGUUAUUGGUUGCCAGUCCACUUGUCAAGGCCAAACCAGAAAUCUUGAGAAUUAUUGAGCUCUUAAUUGAUAAGAUGCACAAUGAUGUAGCAGACCUGUUGGUUGAGGUAAUGGAUAUAAUAGUUCACUGUCUGGACCCGAUACAGUUGAAAACCAAAGGUCUAUCUGAAGUAUUCCCAGCUAUCUGUCGGUUUAAUAUGGUCAGCUAUUGUCCUAAUAGUAGAAGACUGGCUGUGGGUGCAAGAAAUGGUGCACUAGCAAUGUACGAUCAACGUACAGCGAAAUGCCAGAGAACUUCAACACAGGUUUUGUCAAGCAGACAUCAUUGGCCUAGUUCACUAACAACAGGAAUAGGGUUUGGGUUUUGGUUCACACGACAUAUGAUAUCUGGACAUCAGAAUGCUGUCACCGCACUGUCUUUCUCACCAGAUGGAAAGUAUUUAGCGACAUACUCUUACGGAGAUAACCGUCUUUUCUUCUGGCAGACUGGCAAUACUCUAUUCGGUGCGAUAGGUAUUGGCUCAGGCACAAAAUGUGUGAAAGUUUACAACACUGCACAGUUUGAAGCUGGAAAUCAGCCUCAUGUACUCAAACUUGUACGUCUUGUGUGGAUCAGUGGUAAAACAGUUAUACUGCUGCUAGCCAAUGGUAGCGAAUAUAGGUACUCUGCCUGA